AUGUUCUUCCUCUACGAUCUCGAACGAACAAUCACCCUCCACCCGUACUACUUCGGUCCUCACAUGCGCGAAUACCUAAUCAAUAAGCUUCUAACCGACGUCGAGGGUACUUGUACCGGUCGUUACUACAUCAUUUGCGUCCUGGACGCGUACAACAUCUCAAUGGGAAAGAUUCUGCCGGGUAGUGGUCUCGCCGAGUUCACAAUCUCCUACAGAGCAGUGGUCUGGAGGCCUUUCAAGGGUGAAACGGUCGACGGUGUCGUUACCGCUGUCAGCAAGCUUGGUUUCUUCGCAAAUGUUGGCCCGCUGCCCGUCUUCGUCUCUACCCACCUUAUACCGGCAGACGUAAAAUUCGAUCCAACGGCGAAUCCUCCUCAGUUCUCUGAUAACGAGGGGCAAGUUAUCGAGAAAGGUGCGCACGUUCGAUUAAAGCUGGUUGGAACUCGAAGUGACGUCGGAAAGAUGUCUGCGAUUGGUAGCAUCAAAGAGGAUUACUUGGGAUGUCUGUAA